AUGUCGUAUUUCCUGCGAGAAAUCAAUGGGGACCGAGUGUGCUCGGCGAGCACACAACUUGCAUCAACUAUUCCAGAAGACCGGAAAAGUGCAAGAAGACUACGGAAAUUACUGUACAAGUGCGCAGAGAACACGUGCAAGACAGAUAUCUUAAAAGUUCCGGCUCACUGUGGGAAGACAGAAACUGAUGAUGACAAAUCGCCGUCAGAUCCUCAACAACAAGUUAAUUUUCAUGAUAUUCUUAACUCGAAAUUAGUGGUCGGACCUCCGUCGCCAUUUGCAUUGGUCGCCAUCGCAAAGUCGAUUUUAGCACGAUUCGGGAAUCCAGAAGAAGCUUCGGAACGAGAGGAUCGAGUGGAGGAAGAAGCAGGAACGAGUAGAGGAGAUGAAGAAGGGAAACAGUAUAAAAAUACUGACCAACUAGUCGGAGCUAGUCUCACAUGUAUCUUCGAGGUUCUGGAACAGCUGAGUCGUCGAGACGCAGAACUCUGUGUUCAAGCUCUCGAAUCUCUGCUAUCUCUCAUCCAAUCUAUGCCUAUAGAAGGUCUUCAAUCUGAAAACAAACUUUCCAUGUCAGCAAUGAUCACAGUGCUCCGAUCGCUUCGAGAAGAUGGAUGCCCAUCUGUCAGUUCAAAAGCUACGUCUUGUUUGGUAGCGCUUGCAGUGGCAUGUGGGGAGCCGGAAUAUCUGAGCAGCACAAUCCGUUCGUUGUUUUGCAUGAAGAAAAAUCUUCGGAUGAGUGCGGAUUCCACCUAUGAUAUGAUACAGAUUCCAGAGAAUUUGAGACGAUUAUUAUUGAAAGUGAGGAGGAAAGCGCUUGGAGGGGAUAAUCACUCAAACUCACCACCCAACUGGUCCUUGAUAGAUGUUCACGACCACUCAGUUGCUAGCAGUUUUAGCUUACCAUCUCUUCCGGAUAGCUCUCCAUGCUCAGAUACUCCAGAUGACGAUAAUCGGAUCCAUAGCUCAAUGGCAUGUGAUGGAACAUUUCUGUACAUCCUGAACUACGUGGGACUUUAUAAAUUAGGAACUGGUUUAAACGAGACAAUAGCCGGAAAGUUAUAUGCUGCAAAUCAAGGGUUGAAGUCUUCGAAAAAUGUACAAAUGUAUUUGUGUAAUGGGUCAUUGUAUCUGCGAAGAAACUAUUCAUCUUGUAUUUCUGUGAUUGAUACGGAUUCGUUGCUGGAUAUUGGAGAGGUGAUAUUACCGCCAACUUGUGUUCAGCAUGCACUAUUUACGGAUGGAACUUAUUUCUAUAGCGCUACGCUUAUAGCGAAUUCCACAUUAUCGACAAUACAACUCAACGAUUCCUUUUCUCCUUCCAAUGAGCCAUCAUCCAGAAAAAGUCAUCGUUUAACUGAUGUCAAAUUCACACCGUACGGCGACAUCCAGAGUCCUCACCAACUUCCAGAAUACUUACCAGCCAAUUUACAUCCUCAAACCGUUGAUCUUCACAUCACUCGAGAAAUCGCAUUCAUUCAAGCAAGAUCUGGAAAAGUAUACUAUGCUGGAAAUGGAACUCGAUUUGGGCUAUUUGAAACUGGCAACAAUUGGAUGGAGCUGUGCCUUCCCGAACCCAUUGUCCAGAUUUCCGUUGGAAUUGACACAAUCAUGUUUCGUUCUGGCGCGGGACAUGGGUGGAUUGCUACCGUCGACGAUAAGAAGAGGAAUGGAAGACUCAGAAGAUUAGUUCCAUCUAAUAGGAGGAAAAUUGUGCAUGUCUGCGCAUCUGGCAAUGUACAUGGCUAUGUGACAGAAAAUGGAAAAGUGUUCCUGGGAGGUCUUCACACCAUGAGAAUCAACGUCUCCAACUCGAUGCUCUGCGGUAUGGAUAAUGUUAUGGUUGCUUCCGUGUCCCUCGGAAAGUCUCACGGAGUGGCUGUUACUCGAAACGGUCAUCUGUUCACUUGGGGCCUGAACAAUAUGAACCAAUGUGGAAGAACGGAAUCUACCUCAACUACAUCAUCCCCAAGACACUCUGCUCGGCAGGAAAUUCAAAUCUGCCCUAUUGGAGAACACACGUGGCUCAAUGACACUCCCACUAUAUGCGCUCAAUGUGGACUUUGCUCGGCAAGAGGUGUGGCAUGCGGAAGAGUAGCUCGAAUGAAAGGAACCAUGUGUCAUUGUGGAGCUGGAGAGUCGACAUGCGUUCGAUGUGGACUUUGCAGACCAUGCGGGGAGAUCACAGAACCCGCACAACCUGGUAGAUCACAGCAUGUUCAGUUUAGUUCAGCAAUUGUGCAGAAAAACACACUGUUUCCUGCGCGUCUAAUUCUAAGUAAAGGACCACACGACGUCAAGAUUUCUAGUGUCAGCUGCGGAAACUUUCAUACUGUACUCCUUGCAUCGGAUCGUCGGGUUUUCACAUUUGGAUCGAAUUGUCAUGGGCAACUAGGAGUUGGAGAUACUCUGAGCAAAAACUCACCUCAACAAGUCAACUUGCCUGCUGAUGUUGUCAUUGUCCAAGUUGCUGCUGGAGCCAAUCAUACGGUAUUGAGAGCUAAUGAUGGAAGUGUCUACACUUUCGGAGCGUUUGGAAAGGGACAGUUAGCAAGACCAGCUGGUGAGAAAGCGGGAUGGAAUGCUAUUCCGGAGAAAGUACCUGGAUAUGGUCCUGGCUCAAAUGCAUUUGCUGGAUGGAUUGGCGCAGAAGGAGACUCGACUAUCAUUCACAGUCAUACUGCUCUUCUUUCAUCUGAUAACAUUCUCAAAGCUCAAAUUGUUGCUAACAAAACCAAUAUUUUUAUUUUCCCACGAGAAGUUGGAAAAGAUUAUAUUGUGAUAAGGAGGAAACUUAACUUAUUUGAACAUCAUGCAAGCGACUAUAAGUGUUGGUACACCUCCUGGGCAACAGAUCCAAAACAUGACAUGCUCUGGUACUACAAUUCAGCUGAAAUGGAAAUCAAAGGAUAUGACAUCUUCAAGAAAACUGAAAAGCCUGUCGAAGAAGCAUUUGAUUCGUUAACCUAUCUUGCCGGAACAGAAUUUGCAGUUCAAGUGUAUGAUAGUCCAGCGUAUGCAACAUCAAUGAGCCUUGGGAUGCAACUUCUAUCAGCUACAUUCUCAGCAAAUGUGAUCAACCUUUCGGAAUUUUGGAAGGAGAAAAACGGAGAUAAAGAUCAAGAUCAAGAACGAACCGCUAUGGAUGGCUACUCUGUUGCAAACCGUUUCGAUGGUACUGGUGGUGGAUGGGGCUAUUCUGCUCAUUCCGUGGAAGCAAUACAAUUCAAAGUGUCUAAAGAGAUUCGGCUGGUUGGUGUUGGAUUGUAUGGUGGCAGAGGAGAGUAUAUUUCAAAACUAAAAUUGUAUCGACAAAUCGGAAACGAAGCUGACGAGCUGUACGUUGAGCAAAUCACUGAAACCGAUGAGACUAUGUACGAUUGUGGAGCACACGAGACUGCGACUCUUCUUUUCUCUCAGCCAAUUGUGAUUCAACCAAACCAUUGGCAUGUGGUUAGUGCGAAGAUCAGUGGACCUUCUUCGGAUUGUGGAGCCAAUGGAAAACAUCAUGUGGAAUGCGAUGGAGUCACUUUCCAGUUCCGGAAUUCUGUAGUCUCCAAUAAUGGAACGGAUGUCAAUGUUGGACAGAUCCCAGAGCUUUACUAUCAAGUCGUCGGUGGAUCAGAGAAUCGAGAUGAUGGAGAUAACAACAAACAACUCUCGAUUAGUCGGGAAAUGUCAAAUUUAUUCUCACCAAUGGCUCUGAAAAAUGUAACAGCUGAUGGAAUUGAGAAUCUUCUUAUGCUUUUGGAGUGGUCGUUUAGACGAAUUCAAGUGGAGAAUCAAGGACAAGAAAGUGCCGAGAAGCAGUGGGAACAGGAGAGAGCAGGAUUCGUGGCUCUUUUGUCGAUGAAGUUGAUAUCCAGAUUUGUGAAAACCGUGUACAAGGAGAAGGGACAUCAAGAUGAACCUGGAAUCGCGUUUGCCAAUAAACUGGUACAUUUACACUCCAUGCUUCUCGAUUUUUUCGAUUCCACGGAUAUCACUGACUACCAGAACCGACCGUUGAUCAAUAAGGAAAACAGAGACAAUAAGGAGGAGAAGAUUGUCGACGAAGGAUAUACCUUAAUGCAAUGCGUAUCUGAAGCCGUAAGGUUGUUCGUAUCCUUGUCUCAUUGUUUCAUGGGGUCCAGGAAUCUGGUUAACGCUCAUUUGUUAGCUGUGAUGAACGAACGAAAGCUGAUCCUAACCUCUGCCGUUAUUGGGAGUCUGUCUAAAAUCGAUAGAUUCGCUCACCAACUUCUCAGCACCACCUACAACAGUGAUCGGUUUCCAAUGCUAUCAUCAUUGCUUUUGAAACAUUUCAACUGUGAGAAGGAGACUCUGGCGACGCUGACAUCCUUCCCGAAUAUUCUUCGAUUCCUUUAUGAUCAAGCUUUUAUGGUGAACACCUAUGAGAACACUGCUGGUUUAUCCGAAAAGAUUUUGGUCAAGGUUUCUAGAGAAUUAGCUAUCCCUGCAGAUGAUGGUAUGAUGGGACCUGUCGUGCAUCAGACGUCGUCAAGAUUCCGACGACGUAGUGCUCAGCCAACGUGGGAUAUGUCUGAUGGAUGUUCGGAUGCCGUUGCGUUCCGUGUGGACUCUGAAGGUGUGAAGCUCCAUGGAUUUGGAAUUUAUUUGCCACUGGAGACCGAUAGAAGAAACUUCACAGGAGAAAUCAUGAUGUUGUCUCCAGAUGCAUCGGAAAAGUGGACAUGUCUCCUGAGAGUCACCGCUGAGAUGGCUGCUGAUGAGAAAGAAGUCGGAAUUGUUCGCUUCCCAGAAUACGUUCUUCUAUCACCCGGAGUCACCUAUGCCGUCAAAGUGAGUAUGAUGAAAAACGCAAAAACGUUCUGCGGAGAGGGCGGAGUCACUCAAGUCCAACUUCUCAAUGGAGCACGUUUGUUCUUCUCUGGAUGCUCAAUGAGUCAGAAUGGAACAACAGUACAAAGAGGACAGCUUCCGUUUCUAAUGUAUUCGAUAGUAGAUCAAUCGACUUCGAUUCAAAUCAAACAAGAAACCAUUUAUGACACAUUUGCUCUACUAUUGAGAUUGAUGGCCAACAAAAUUGGAGCGGCGAUUUCAAAUCUUGGAACACCACACGGAGGAACACUACCAGCAUGUUGUCAGCAUUUGGUGUCUCAUAUCAGUCCACAUGUUAUGGUCUUCAUGGAAAGAUUCCCAGAUAAAUCAUUGGAAUUAAUGUCCACUAUGGAGCAGUUGAUUCCAAUGGUUUCAAAUUUGAAUGUUGUGGAGAAGAAAUCCCACUCCUUUGACUCUGAUGAUAGUGGAUGUGAGACUCCAUGCUCUGGAAUCGUCACAACCGUAGUGGAAAGUCAACAUCCUUACAAGCCCAACACAUCCAAUUCAGUUGUGGUUCAUUUCGAUGAGGCCGAUUAUGUAUGUGUCAGGUUUUCACCAGAUUGUCAAACAGCCCAGUACGAUGAUCAGCUUACCAUCUAUCUGAAGAUCGACGAGCAUUCUUAUAUGCCAGUGGAGCGAUGUUAUGGAACAGAGUGGCCGAAUUAUCCAAUGAUACUUCCCGGGAACUGUCUUCUUUUCGUUCUUGAUGCCUCAUCUGCUGUGGAAGGAGCAACUUCGGAUCAGAUGUUUGGGUAUCAUGUUACUGUAACUGGCUACCUGGUUGGAUACAGUAAUACCACUCUGCGAUUAGAACAAGAUCUAGUCUGGUUGUCAGCGAACGCUUGUCGAAUUAUGACACAACUUCCAAUCAAUCCGAACAACAUUGAGCAUUUGAGCACAGCGGAAGAUGAUACGAGACACUUGUUUGAAAAGCAUGGAAGUCUUUUGAAAAAAGGAUUGAGCUUGAGUCAUUCUCCAACUCUCAGCGAGCUAUGCAGCAAAGGUCAACCUCCACCAGCUCAGUCACCGGAUCUUCAGUUUCUUCGAGAAUUUCUUUCCGGCCACACUUCAACAUCAGCUGGUUUUUUGGCUAAAUGGUUGCCAACUGGACCAGUUGUAGAUCCGUCGAAAUGUCAAUUGUCUUUAUCUCAUGAUGACUUGAUUGUCGGAAAAUCGGUAACUCUGAAACUGUCAUGUAGAGAUCAAUACGAUCGAGAAGUCGAUUGUCCAAAACUUCAAGUCGAAGCCAAUGCAUCCCUUGGACAUAAGAAUCCAAAUUCUACUAUCACUCCGAAUCUGAUUCUUGGAAAUCUUCCAUCGUCUCUUCUGAUUCAUCAAAAUCCAUUCCAGCCCAUCAUCGUGAAUCACACACGGUAUAUGAGCAUCGCUGCAAUGCCAGCCUAUGCCAAUUACUCUGUGGAAGAGAUUCGAUUGGGAUUCAUGAUCGAGGACUUGAUCAAAGAUCGAAUCCCACUGAAAUCUUCUGACGCUUCUGUAUUUUCUGGAUCCUGGACACCUACAACCGCAGGGAGAUAUAGAAUUGAAUGCAAAGUGGAUGGAUUUGAUAUCUCUCAUACUUACACAGUGGAAGUGACGGAUAGAGUACGUGGAAGAGGAGAAGAUGUGAAGCCGUGUAGCAGUCGUCGUGGAGCUCAAAUGACUGUGGCUAGAACGGUUUCGAUUCCAUUUUCUAGUGAUUUUUCUGGAAUUAGAAUGAGGCUUGGGACCACUCUAGCAUCAACAGCGAUUGGAGUUAUUCCACGUGGCGCUUUGGUAGAAUUCAUAGAAGAAAUCGAGAAUGACGAUGGGAAAUGGAUAAGACUAACUGACGAAACUGCUAUUCUGUAUGGCUGUAAUCCUGGAAUCGGUCAAGUAUGGUGUCUCGCUUAUCACAAGCCUCUUCAAAGGGAAUUGAUUCCACUUUCGAAUGACAAGGAACGCGAGAAAGCUGUUAAACUGAGAAGGAAAGCAAUUGAAAAAGAAUCCAGUGGGAGCAAACAUCACAGCGUAUCCAUAGAUGCCAAAGAAACUUACAUUCUCUCACCUAAUGAUGUUCUUCAAGUAUAUUCCGCUCCUGCUCCUCACUCAAUGAUAGACGGCGAGAAGAUUAGGGGUCCCUGUGAUUUGAUGAGUAGUGGAUGGAUGGCUAAUCGACAUGGAGUCUGGAUAAAGCUCACCGGAGUCGACAAGUAUGUCCUGCAGAACAAUGAUCCGUCAUCUGAGACAUCGUUGAGUUUUUCAACAAAUGGAAAUGAUGAAGAAGACUUGGAAAGGCUUGUGGAACGGAAGAAGACAAGACUGCCAAACGCGCUGACUCCUUCUGUGGCGGAUUGCAUCAGGGCAGUAUUUGCAGCAUUUGUUUGGCAUGAACAUUUGGUGAAAGAUCUUAUGGCAGCUGCAGCAUACUUGAGAUUCCAUCAGAAUCUGCAUAACAUCUGGCAGUCCUGUCAGCUCCCAUCCUGCACGAACGCGCCUGCAGCUCUCCAACCAAUCGUCAAAAUCUGGAGGGAGAUUUGUGAAGUUGUGGAGACCAGCGUUGAGCAACAUCUCAUCAUGCCUCCUGUUUCCAACAAAGCCAUGAACACUGAAUCGGUGAAAGCGCCAUCUACAGGUGGAGGAGGAUGUGAGCUUUGUGAUGCCAACAUUACCGUACCCCUCACCGUCCAUCUUCGAAUGGCUCAUCCGGGAUGUGGAGGAGAUUGUCUGGGUUAUGGAUACAACUCGAGUGGAAAAUUCACAACUGGAUGGUCUGGAGAAUGUGGAGCUGGUGGUCGCGGUCAAUCUCCGUGGUACCUCUUGUGCAACAAUUGUCGAUCGCAAUAUCUUCGAAAAACUCCAGCUGGGCAUCAUCAAGAACGAACAAGAAGGUGGAGAGAGUUUAGGUUUUCCACGUCAGCAUCGGAUGCUAGACCAGAAGUCAUAAUCCGGCACAAUGCAUUGUUCUUGUUAGACCUGAAUAGUCGAUUACAGACAGAAUCCAAUGUAAGUUCUUCGAGUUUGCUCUGUAUAAGUUUUCAAAAUUAUUGUUUUCAGAAUUCCUCUGCUGCAACCUCUGGCUGGACCAUCAACCUCUUCCCAACGCAUCUGAGUACGCCUUCAACAAUGCCAAGAAGUCAACACAGACGUCUAGAUGUCCCACAAACUCACUCUGUCCAUCAGACCUCUUACAUGAAACUUGGAUACUCUUCGGAUCCCGGACCAAAGGUCAACGUCAUAAUGUCACCUCCAGAACAAGGAUUGGAUCAAGCAGCUUCGUUGAACCAUCGUCCUGCAAUCGCGAUGGAACCUGCCGAAGUUCUUCAAUCUCCAUCUGCUGCUCUCCGUACUUUGUUCUCCAACACCAAUCCUUCCACAUCCGCUCUUCUGAAGCGUCCUGUUCUAGCAUUCUGUGUCGAGCAUCAUGACUUGAAAAGGAUCAGAGCGGCUUGUGUACAGUCUGUAAGACGUGCUGUCUCCUUUUCUCAUGCUUUCCGUGUCUGGAAUUGGCUUCUCCGGAUGGUGUCUUGUGAAUACAGUGUAUCGGAUAUCAUUCUACAGUAUCUCACCACGCUGACUUCCUAUAACCGCCUAGCUGAAUACAUGUUCUCCGCGAAGAAAAACUCCAACGUGCUUCCUCAUCCAUGGAGAUUAUGUUUCCUAGCAGGACCCAUUGCCGCUGAUAUGGUUACUCAACUUCAUGCGUUCCUGCAUACCGUAUCUAUAAUUCUGCAGUCGGCGGAUGUGGAUGGGAGACUAAAGUCGUUAUGCUUCAAGUCAUGGACUCUUCAACUGACCGCGCAAGAGCAGGAUUUUCUGAUCCUCACAUGCAAUAUUCUUGGAACAGUUGGAGGCAUUCUAUCGGAUACAUCGAUUAUGGAUUCGGAUAGUCGGUUUGUGAGGGAGAUGAAAGACAUCACAAAGUUCGCGGAAAUCACGGCUAGCAGUCGACAGGCCAUGGUAAUUUGUUUGACUGAUGAAAGUGGAGAAACGUUUUGGGAAAGUGGAGAUGAGGACAAAAAUCGUGCUCGUUCUCUAUCCAUCCAACUCGAUGAGGCUGCUCAUGGAGAAAUCCUGUCACUUUAUAUCGACAACGCUCGUGACGAUGCCUACCGUAUCACUGCCAUUGCUUUCAAGGCCAUUCUGGAAGAUGGUAGACGGAAAGAUCUGACAAAUCUGAAUUUGGAUCCUACAUAUUCUGGCUGGGUGAAAUGCUGCAUCAAGGAUAUUCAUCACAUCCAGGUUCAAUUCAAAGGUCCCAGCCAAGCAUCCCGUAUCCGACAGCUUUUGAUUCUGGGGUACCCUGCCAAAAUAUCCGGAUCCCCUCGAAUGGUCCCCUCAACUUCCCAUCAUUUGUUUUUCAAUGACACUCAACGUGACGCCUUUGCACUUUUCCAAGCAAUAUCUUCUCAAGCUUUUUGUGGAGAACUAUCCGAGGAUGACACUUUGAGAGAACGAGUUAUCGAUUUACUCUUUAGUAGAGUGCAACUGUAUCCACUUCAAAACUACGUUUACAACCAAGUGGUCCAGGCAAUGGAGAAGGAGGUCGAGUUGCUUUGUGACAAAUCCAAAAGAAAUUAUUCCUACUGCUGUGGUUUGAUGAGUCUUCUGGUUAGAAUUUGUGAUUCAAGAGGGAAUAUGGAUAGUUUUGGACAACGUAACUCCGUGUUGACAUCUAUCACUCAGCUGUUGAUUUUCUCUCCGCUGGUUGUUCAAAGGCAAUGCUUGAACUCUUUGGAAUGCAUUUUCGCAUCAUUCACACCGAUCAAUGUAGAAGUUCCAAAGAUCAUCAGAAAUUUGUUAGUUGUGGUUGGAAAAGUGAUUCAACUGCAAGUCAGAGACAAAGCAGCUCAUACAGUGGUGACAGUACAUCUAUGUUCAUCAGUCCUGAAUGCCCCUCAAAACUGGAGAGUUGACAAAUCAAUCGAUAUGGACAUCGGAAGACAGACCGCACUUCUUGUCGAGAACCUUUGUAAUGGAACCUACACUCCAGAAUGGUCCACGGCUACCAGAUGUGAACUAGCCAACUGCCUUCUCAGCCUGAUACAAAUGCCGGAAUCUGUGUCUUACUCAGAAACACUCUCUAACGGAGGAAAAAGCAAGGCUGUAGCUGUUGUAGGAUCCAAACGCUUCUGGACAGCAAUUUCUGCAUUGGCUCUUAUUAAGAACAAGUCAUGGUUAGAGCUCUCGGAAAGAUGGAAGGCUGCACAAGAUGAAGAAGAUGAGGAGCCUGUAUCGUUGUGCGAGAACCAUGAUGAUGGGCAUACCGUUGCUCAAGUUUUCUGUGUGGAUUGUGACGUGGCACUUUGUAAAGAGUGUUUUACGGUCAUGCAUUUGCACAAGAAGAACCGAAACCAUGGAGUCAAAAACUUGGUUCAAGCCAGCGCUCAACAUGAUAUCAAUAUCCAUCAAGGCUGUGCUAGGAUGAAGUUUUUGAAUUUCUUGAUCCUUUUCCACGGUGAAGCUCUGAACGGUAUGGUCGAAGUAGCUGCUGACACUCUCUUCCCAACUUCAACGACUUCUAUCCAACCAGCAAUGCAAGAUUCUGCAUCCUACCUUGGUGCUCAACCAAUGACGUGCCGAUUCUGUGGAAACCACGUGUCAAUUACGGAACAAAAUCUGGAUGGAACUUGUACCCACGAGGAUUGUGUGAACUAUGCAAAAACGGCUUGUCAAGUAAUGCACAAUUGUAACCACUUCUGCGGAGGGAUUCGAAAUGAGGAAGACUGUCUUCCAUGUCUGACUUGUAAAAAAUCGGAAGCCACUCAGGAUGGAGAUGAUUUAUGUGUCAUCUGCUUCACGGAACGACUCGGAGCAGCUCCAUGUAUCAGUCUUGGUUGUGGACACAUCUUCCAUUAUCACUGUGUCCGAGCAAUUUUGGAAAGAAGAUGGAAUGGUCCCAGAAUUGUUUUCCGUUUUAUGCAGUGCCCACUUUGCUUAAAAAUAAUGGAUCAUCAAGGCCUUCAAGACCUUAUCGAACCUUUAAAAGUGAUUCGUCAGGAAGUAGUUUAUAAAGCAAAAAUGCGUCUGGAAUACGAUGGUCUUCUCUCAACACCAGCUCUUACUGAUCCCAGAAGUGAAUGUUACAACCAACCUGAGGAAUUCGCUCUGGAUAGGUACAUGUACGUCCUGUGUCAUAAAUGCAAAAAGGCCUAUUUUGGAGGAGAAAGUCGAUGUCAAGCGGUAAGUCUUGAAGAUGCUUUGGACAGUUCUCAAUUCAAUCCAGAAGAAUUAUUGUGUGGUGGAUGCUCGGAUACCAGUGGUGUUCAAGUUUGUCCUCGGCAUGGCGUCGAGUACUUGGAGUACAAGUGUCGGUUCUGUUGCUCGAUUGCGGUUUACUUCUGUUUUGGUACAACUCAUUUCUGUGCUCCAUGCCACGACGAUUUCCAACGACUCAUGUCUCUUCCGAAAAAUCUGCUUCCCUCAUGUCCAGUUGGUCCCAAAUCAACUCCAAUGGAAGAACAAACGUGCCCUCUCAAAAUGAACCAUCCUCCGACUGGUGAAGAAUUCGCGAUGGGUUGUGGGAUUUGUAGAAAUCUUAGUACUUUUUAA